UCACUUCAGUUGCAGGCUACUCGCCGCCAUAAGCAUAUUUCUUGUCCUGAUGAACUUUCAAAGCUGUUCUCCUCAGAUUUUUUGAAAUGUGAGCAGGAUUUUAUGGUGAACGCAAAACACAUGUUGUAUUAUAGGCGAGAAAUCGUUCCUGGCGAUGAGAAGAUCGAAAAACAACUGGUCGGUGUUGGUGAUGAAGUUGGUCUCAAGAAGAUGAUGGAAUCGGACGAGGAGACGGACAGCGAUGAAGAGGAUUUGACGAAGAAACUGCUUCACACCGAGAGCGAUAGGAAAAAGGAGCAUCUGGACAUCGAAGAGAGAGAUUCUUCCGGAUCCGACACUGAUGAUCCAGAUAAGGAGAAGAUUGACUCCGUUGUUUUUAUGCCGAAGAAAGACGUCGUGAAUGGUGGAGAGCCUGGCGGAAGCGGAGUAGGCAAGAAGCGACCAGCAGAGCCGGAAACCUCAGGAACCGAAGUGGCGAACGAUGCGAAGAGGGCGAAGGUCGAGACGCCACUG